AUGUACAUAGGCUUAUCCUCAACAUAUGAUUAUACACAUCGGCCAAAACAGCAUGAAGUGUACAACUUAUAUGAUUGGAUCCUAACUUUCCAUCGGAUCAAGAGGUCCCGCAGAGCAAAGAAAAAGGAGCCAAAUGUAUCUGGCGAUGAAUCUGAAUCUGAAAUCAGUACAAAUCAGUCGCAUGAACUAAAUUUGCCUUUUUUGAGUGGCCAUCCAUUAUCAUCAUCCCAUACUGUUGCGAUGAGAAGAAACAUAGAUCGAGUCAUUCCCAAUUUUAUUGGACCUCCUCUCCCUCGCCCAGAUAAAGAGGACCGUGAAUAUUAUUGCUGUGCCAUGCUCACAUUUUUUAAGCCAUGGCGGUCUGGGGCUGAUCUAAAGGGUCCUGCAGAGUCAUGGCAUGAUGCAUUCACAUCCCAUUCUUUCACUGAUUGUGAAAACCUAUAUAUCAAAAAUAUGAACCUCCGAUAUGAGUGUCUUGAUUCUCGUGAUGAUUUUCGCCAGAAAAUGAAAGAAGGUAAUGCUGUGUCUUCAUUAGCCAAUGCGUUACCAUUCAAUCUAGAUUGCAUUGAUGAC